AUGAGAAGGGGUCCAAAUUUUUCUGUAUGCAAUAUUGUGGCAAAUAUUGAAAAGCCCAAGUUCCACAUCUUGGAAGUGAGUGGAAACAAUUAUCUGUCCUGGUGCCUUGAUGUUGAGCUGCAUUUUCAAGGGCAAGGUCUUGCUAAUGCAAUUAUUAUAGACGGAAACGCAAAUGAUAAAGAUAAAGCGAAUGUUUUGAUUUUCAUUCGUCGUCAUUUGUAUGAGAGCUUGAAGACUCAAUAUUUAUCUGUCCGAGAUCCUGAGAUACUGUGGACGAGAUUGAAAGAAAGGCUGCAAGACUUCAAAUCAGUGUUUGAUUAUAACUCGACUUUAUUUGAUAUAGUUUCACGGCUGGAGUUAUGUGGUGUUAAGCUCACUGAAUCAGAGUUAUUAGAGAAAACUUUCUCUACUUGUCAUGCUUCAAAUAUUGUAUUGCAACAACAAUACUGGCAGCGUCAAUUUAAGACGUUCUCGGAGUUGAUUUUUGUCCUCUUGACUGCCUAG